AUGUAUAAAUUAAUAUCUGGAACAUCGAAUAUCAAUAAGAGAUCAAUAAAGAUAUCGAAUGAUUUGUCGAAAUGUGUGAUCCGUUGCAUAUCCAAUCGAAAAGAUUUAAAGGUCCAUUAUGAUGCUGCCAUAAUCGGAGCAGGGCAUAAUGGCUUAGUUGCGGCUGCUUACUUGCAAAAGGCUGGAUUGAACGUUGGCGUAUUCGAAAAUAGAGAAAUUAUCGGCGGAGCUGCUGUUACAGAGGAAAUUUUUCCAGGAUUUAAAUUUUCUCGAUGCUCGUAUGUACUAAGCUUACUAAGACCACAAAUUAUUAAGGACCUCGAACUCAAGAAAUUCGGGUUGAAAGUUUAUAUCCGUGACCCAAGCUCUUAUACGCCAGUUUUGAAAGAGUAUUCCAACGGUGUUCCUAAGGCAUUGAUGCUUGGCCGGGAUGGUGACGAAAAUAGGCGCCAAAUUGCUCAAUUUUCACGUCAUGAUGCAGAAAUUUUUGAUAAAUACGAGGCAUUCUUAGCAGAAAUAGUUUCAGCUAUUGAUCCGUUAUACGACCAUCAAGCACUUGAUAUUGAUGCCAUAAUGAACGGUAAUAUAAAGGCUAAAUGGAAAAAUUUGCCAUCGCUGUACGCCCUCCUUCAAACAGGUGUUUUGUUGAUCCUAGGGAAAAAUAUCCCUGAUUUUAUUAAAUUAAUGUCUGCCCCUGCCAUUAAGAUAAUUUUAGAUACCUGGUUUAAAUCUGACGUUUUGAAAGCCACAUUGGCUACUGAUGCAGUAAUUGGAACUACAACUAGCCCAUAUCUUCCGGGCAAUGGAUACGUAUUACUCCACCAUGUUAUGGGAGAGGUUGACGGCAUAAAGGGUGCUUGGGGCUAUGCUGAAGGUGGUAUGGGUGCUGUUUCCUCAGCAAUUGCUAGAUGUGCCGAAUCUCACGGCGCCUCUAUUUUUACUAAUUCUAGUGUAAAAGCAAUCACUUUGGAUUCAAAAUCGAAAAAAGCAGUUGGAAUAGUAUUGAAGAGUGGGGAAGAGAUUUCUGCAAGAGUUGUCUUAUCUAAUGCAACACCGUAUAUAACUUACACCCAACUGCUUCCGAAUGAGGCUUUGCAGGAGGAACACGUUAGGAGCAUAAGAAACUUUGAUUACUCAUCUCCUGUAGCAAAAAUUAACGUGGCGAUUAAUCAGCUACCGAAUUUUACCGCUACACCGAAUACUACUAAUAAGCUACCUGGUCCUCAACAUCGAGGAACAAUUCACUUAAAUUGUGAGCAUCCUAAACUUAUCCACGAUGCUUAUGAAGACCUAAUGAAAGGAGAAAUAUCAAAGAGACCUGUUAUAGAAAUGUGCAUACCUUCCGCUAUCGAUCCAACUAUUAGCACCGCCAGACUUACAAAAAAUCUUCGGCCUAACCAGCGGCGUAUGUCUAUUUAA